GGGGCCCCAGGCGGGGCGACCGGCAUCGGGCCCCCAGGAGGGGCGACAGGCAUCGGGCCCCCAGGGCGGGGCGACAGGCAUGGGCCCCCAGGGCGGGGCGACAGGCAUCGGGCCCCCAGGCGGGGCGACAGGCGUCGGGCCCCCCGGCGGGGCGACAGGCAUUGGGCCCCCAGGCGGGGGCAACAGGCAUCGGGCCCCCAGGCGGAGCGGCGGGCGCCGGGCCCCCAGGGGGGCGACAGGCAUCGGGCCCCCAGGCGGGGCAACAGGCAUCGGGCCCCCAGACGGGGAGCAGGGCACAGGCAUCGGGCCCCCAGGCGGAGCGCAGGCGGGCGCCGGGACCCCCAGGGGCAGCGACAGGUCUCGGGCCCAGGCGGAGGGCGGGCGGCAUGCCGGCGCCGGACCCCCAGAUGGAGCGACAGGUCUCGGCCCCAGGCGGAGCGGCGGGCGCCGGGGCCCCCAGGUGGAGCCACAGGUCUCGGGCCCUCAGGCGGGCGCGGCGGGCGCCGGACCC